CCUGCAUUGUCACUAAAAUGUUGUAUCUUCAACUAAUGCAGUUGGUACAAGAGGAACAGACACCAUGGGGGUGCUUGCAGUUUGUCACAGGGUGGUCAGGGAAGGCCUCUCUGAAGAGACGACACUUGACCAAAAACCUGAAGGAGGGUAUUUUAGAGCGUCUGGAUGGUGGAGAGGUCGUGGUUGGAGACGGCAGUUUUCUCAUAACUCUGGAGAAGCGGGGCUAUGUGAAGGCCGGGCUCUGGACUCCAGAGGCCGUGGUGGAGCAUCCGAAUGCAGUUCGUCAGCUUCACAUGGAAUUCUUGAGAGCGGGAUCCAAUGUCAUGCAGACUUUCACCUUUUCUGCCAGUGAAGAAAACAUGGAGAGCAAGUGGGAAGAUGUAAAUGCUGCUGCCUGUGAUCUCGCCAGAGAAGUGGCUGACAAAGGCGAUGCCUUGGUGGCAGGGGGGAUCUGCCAGACAUCAAUAUAUAAACAGCGCAAGGAUGAAGCAAGAGUUAAAAAACUUUUUCAAUUACAGCUCAAGGUUUUUGCCAAGAAAAAUGUGGACUUCUUGAUUGCAGAGUAUUUUGAGCAUGCUGAAGAAGCUGUGUGGGCUGUGGAAGUCUUAAAAGAAUCCGGUAAACCUGUGGCAGCUACUAUGUGCAUAGGCCCAGAGGGAGACAAGCACGAUGUCACGCCUGGAGAAUGCGCUGUUAAGCUGGUGAAAGCAGGGGCUUCGAUUGUUGGCGUGAACUGCCGGUUUGGGCCUGAGAGCAGCCUGGAGACCGUGAAGCUCAUGAAGGAAGGCCUUCAGGUCGCAGGGUUGAGAGCGCACCUGAUGGUGCAGCCCCUGGGGUUCCACACCCCCGACUGUGGCAAAGGGGGGUUUGUGGACCUCCCAGAAUAUCCCUUUGGACUGGAGCCCAGAGUUGCAACCAGGUGGGAUAUUCAGAAAUAUGCCAGAGAGGCCUACAACCUGGGGGUCAGGUACAUAGGCGGGUGCUGCGGAUUCGAGCCCUACCACGUCAGGGCAAUUGCGGAGGAGCUGGCCCCAGAAAGGGGCUUUUUGCCGCCGGCCUCAGAAAAGCAUGGCAGCUGGGGAAGUGGUCUCAAUAUGCACACCAAACCAUGGAUUAGAGCCAGGGCUAGAAGAGAGUAUUGGGAGAAUCUGCUGCCAGCUUCCGGCAGACCUUUCUGUCCUUCGCUGUCAAAGCCAGACAUCUAAGGAAAAAGGGAACAGAAAGAAAUGCCCCCAAGGCACUUCUGGACCCCUUCCUCGCCUGAGCCCACCCUGAGGUUUCCAGCCACUCAUGUGGGGCAGCGCCUUCGGUUAAAUACAACAUAGGAGCGUAGCACUCUUGCAGUGGUGGAGCACCCAGCUGGAUGCUGCAGGGGAUGCAACGACGAUGAGAAAGGCUUCUUGUUCUCAAGUAUUGCUGUCCAGUAAUACUGUAGUACAUUGUUUUCAUAGUUAGCAACAAUGGCAAACUUGUCUUGGGAUAAAUUAAAGAUUAAAAAAUAACCAGAAGUUACUGAGCACCAAGCUAGUGAGGAAUUCAGGUAACUGAGCCAGGUGCUUGAGGAAGACGGGGUGGCAUUCUGAACUGAUGCACUGAGCCUGCUUUCCUUAAAUGAUUUGUAUAAUGAUUCCAAAGGCAUUUCCCAAAGAAAGAAGCAAAAACCAUUUUUGAGCAAUGGAAAGAUUUUGAAAUAAGUGUAUAACCUUCCAAAGUGAUUACUUUCAAAGAUGAUUUUACUUAAAGGUGUUAGGCACUAGAACUUUUAUAAUCACAAGUAACUAGAUUUAGGGAAAAAGACAAUGACAAUGAGAUAACAUCUUAUAUUUUUCCUUAUAGUAUUUACCAUUGUGCUAGGCAUAAUAAUAGAUGCUCAAUGAAAUGCUUAUGGUUUAAAAUAAGUAAAAACAAAUAGUUUUAGAAGACCUUUUUAAAAGUCAAUGUUCAAAUCUAUCUUGGUCUAAUAUUUUCUUGAUUCAUCUUUAUGUUAUUUUCUAUGUACUGAUUUCUCUCUAUGUUUCAAAAUAAUGUACCAAUUUGUGUCAGUUAAUAAAAGUAAAAAUAAUUUACCUUU